AUGUAUUCUUCACUAUAUUUUGCUUAUCCAUUAUCUGAUUUAGUACUUGAUCGUUUUUGUUCACAUAUCUUAUCUAAAAUUCAUCAAAAAGUCAAAUGGCUUGAUAUUGAAUCGUCAUCGAUGGAACGUAUUCUUCUUUCUACAAACUAUCCUAAUUUAGUUGGAAUUGGUUUGUAUAAUAUUUACUUAGAAAAUGCUGUACAUCUAUUUUCUGAUGAUCGUCUUUUCACUUCUACCUACAAAAAACAAAUUUCAUCACUUGUUAUCGAUAUUAAAGCAAGUGGAGAAGAAAAUCCAACACGAAAUGAAAAUAUAGUUUUAUUUACUCAUAUAUUUAAUACAUUUACAAAUAUUAAAUAUUGGUCCAUCUUCAAUUUUGUAUCAAUAUUUAUCCUUUAA